AUGCUUAGCCCUAAGUUGGCUCUCCUGCUGGUGCUGCUGCACGCAGUGUCUGGUUCCGCCUAUCGCUGGUUCAACUGGCAGUUCGAGGUCACCUGCCAGUCUGACGCCUACAUUGCUCCUGAGAAUGAGCAUGCCGCUGCCAAGUUCCUCAAGGAGCAGUACCCCACGGGUUCUCAUAUCAAAGUGGUUGGAAACGGUCAUGGAUUCGGUAACCUCACUACCUGUGUUGACAAUACUCUCACUGAGAAGCCCACCUAUAUCGUUUCCCUCGCCAAUCUCAAGAAGCUCCAUAUCGACAAGAAGAAUCUGGCCGUCACUUUUGGUGCCGGCUGGGAUGUCGAUGACCUUGUCCAAGAGCUGAAGGCCAACAACUUGUCCUUUAGCAAUCUCGGUGUUGAGCGUGUUCAGAACUUUGUCGGUGCUGCCUCCACCGGCACUCACGGUUCUGGAUCCAGCCUCGGUAAUAUCGCAACCCAGAUCAUUGCACUGCGCGUGUUGGACUCGCGGGGAAACCUCCGUGUCAUCAAUGAGAAGCACAAUGCAGAGGAACUGAAGGCUUUCCGCAUCAGUCUCGGUGCCCUCGGUUUGAUCACUGAAAUGACCAUCAAGGUCCAGCCUACCCAACUCCUGAAGAAAACCACCAAGGUCUUGAAUGCCACUUCCGACUAUUCCAUAAUGUACAAGGAGCUUGCUCAACUGUACAAGGAGCAUGACCGCAUGACUGUCUGGGGUCCUCACUUCGAUUGGGAUGCAGACUCCCAAAGCUGGGCCCUCGAGCCUACUUACUUCCUCUCUUACUGGGAGCCGACCAACUAUACCGGUGUUCGCAACUGCACUCUCAACUACUGCGCCAAUGGUUGCGGUGACUGCAAGAAGGAGUACAUCUGCUAUGAUGAAGUCACCGACGCCGCGUCCUGCUCUCCCCAAGGUGUUUGUGACCGAGGCUUCUACGCCGAGAUUGAGCACUUCCUUCCUAUCGAGGAUUACGCGGAAGCCGCCACCAACUACACCCUCUUCCAACAGGCCCAGACGCCUCGCAUGAAGGCUCCCUACAACAAGCAGAUGGUCAUCCAACACCGUACCCUCAAGGGUGACGAUACAUAUCUGUCUCCAGUUAACAACUACAACCUUGGACCCGAGUCUAGCGGUGUUUUUGCCAUCAUUGAGAUUGACUGGAUCCAAGAAUACAACAACUUUACCACUCUUUGGCAAAACCAGGAGUUGGCCUAUGAGUUCCUCCCUCACUUUGGUGAACAUUACAAUGUUCGCUCCCAUUGGAACAAGAUGAGUGCUCCCAAUGCUACCUACACAUUGGAGAAAUUCCCGAAGCUGCCCGAGUUCUUGGAGAUCCAGAAGCGCCAGGAUCCCAAGUGCCAGUUUGUGAAUGAUUUCCUGGUUCAGCAGCUUGGUAUUACCCGCUGCGAGAACUUUAUCUCUCUCUAG